AGCCAAUGAUGUGGAUGAUGUUGCUUUUCACCGGCCGUUCAGUGACGCGCAGGCAACACUGGACCACUGGUCUGUCGGAAGGGCUUCUCGAAGCGUCCCAUGGUCCAGGACCUGAUUCCCGCGCACGAAAGGUUGCCAUCGUGCUACCCAGCAAUCUCAGCCGAGCCCAGGCAGAGACUCUGACUGGUCCGAUGAGGGUUCGCGGGUGUAGACGGCGACCCUCUCCCCGAUCCACCGGGGUUGGCCUUUUGGCAGCUUUUGAGAUGGCGCCUGCGACGGUGGUCUGUCCAAACGGCCCGCGGGUUGCACACGGAAUGUUUGGGGGAGAAAAUAUGACGCUCUUGUUGAAGCGGCCACCUGCGGCCUGGGCGCCUGUUCUUCUUGUCAAAAGCCAACCAGCGGCACAACACGCUGCCAGCUGA